UUCGCUUUCUGCUCUCUACCUACUAACCUAACCAUCGCGAUGUCAUCAGCACUUACCCCCCCACCGUCAAGACUCCAGGGACAGGGUCUGCUUGUCCUAUGGGGUCGCAUCGAUUCCGCAGUCACAGAUGAAGAUGCGCUGAACGAUUGGUGGACCAACGAGCAUUUGCCUGAGCGCCUCCGUCUCCCAGGAUUUCAACGCGCGCGCCGCUACCACAGUUUAGACAUCAAAGAUGGAAAGAAGGAGUAUCUAGCGAUGUAUGAAACUGCCCACGCUCAAGAUCUCGCCUCACCGGAGUAUCUUUCAGCCCUCGAUAAUCCAACGCCGAGAACAAAGCAGUUCAUGCCCUGCUUGGCCAGGAUGAAUCGCUCGGCAUGUGAAGUACAGUUCUCGGAAAUGAUACCAGCAACAUCGUGCACAAAAGGCGUUCAAGUAUGCCAGUAUCUUUUGAUGGUCGUUCUAGGUACCCUGCAUCAUCACCCAGAGCUUCAUAAGGAUUUGAUCUCGACACUAAACAAAACUCUGUGUCUUUCCGCACCAGUUGGGCUCACAACUACGCAUAUUGCAGAAGUCAAGGAUGAUAUCACAAAAAUCGGGAGCGCCAGCAAAUCAUAUGAGAGCGUGCAGUUUACGCAGCGCCACGAUAGCAGUCACGACCAAAAUGACACAAAGAUCAUCGCGUUUAGCCGCCUAACAUGCGAAACGCAUCCGGUAUCGCGGAUGAGGAUUUCAGGCCCCUGA